AUGCGCGAAAGCGGAAAGAUCCCGCGAGGACCUCCCGACCUUCCAACAGGCACGGAGGUCAUUGAGCAGAAGUGCGUGGCAUACCUCAUUGGAAAGGGUGGCCAGGCUCUCGCAGCGAUCAACGCUGCAGCAGGCGUUUCCACGCAGAUCGACCAGAGCACAAAGUCCUUCGGAUACAGUAUGGCAAACAUAUACGGCACCGAGGAAGGGACUGCAAAGGCCAAGCUCAUUCUUCGCCAAAAGAUCUCGGAGUACCGUCCGCUGCGAGGAUGA